AUGAAGGUUGAGAAAAAAUUAAAUUCUUCUUCUGACAGCUCUUUUGACAACAAUAACAGUAAAAAUGAAUUUAAACAACACCCUUUGUUUGUCCGUUUAAAGUUACGUUCACUUUGUAUGGUUGGCGCUCUUUUACCGGGAGUUGGAUGUUAUACUUGCCUUCUCUACACAUUUAUUUUCCAACGAGAACGAAUCGACAAUUUUGUAACAACAAAUUGCCCUAAAGUUCACAGUUCAUUCCCCCCAGUUUCCUACUCUAUAGGUGUUUGGGAGCCUCAAAAAUCUUUUUGGCUUUUUGUUCUUUUCAUUCAUGUUCAGGCACGGAUAUUUUUUGGAGUUGUAAGAAAUUUUGAAUUGGGAGAGUCUGAAUAUAAACAAAGAAAUUGGUAUAUUCCAAUGUUGAAGACACACAUGUUUUUGAUUUUUUCUGAAAUUGUCGGGCUGGUACUUGUUUCUGUUGUGGAUAUUGAAGAAUAUUUUGUUUUUCAUGCAAUUGGUUACGCUCUAUGGCUAAUUUCUUUUAAUUUUAAUGUACUUUGUAACACGAUACUCUUUUAUCACUCAGGUAUCACGUCACUUUGGGAAAAUUUGAAUUUUAUUUUUCGCUUCAAAUGUGUUUUGGGAUAUUUAAUUAUUUAUCCAUUAUCUGUAUCUACAGGCUUUACUUAUUUUGGAUAUCUCUAUACUUGCAAUGUUUUAUUUAAGUUUUUAUAUCUUUGUUUCGUGGAUUCCGUGGACGUUAGAGUCUCAAUACAAAAAUUUUUAGUUAUAGACGUUUGA